GUAAUGAAUACCAGAAGUCCUUUUUAUAAUGUCACUGAGUAUAUAUUAAAAUAAUAAUAAUGCAAAUCGAUAAUGCAGGUGUUUAUUUAGGCAAGAGUUGUGAAAUUUAUUUUAAGACAAUUUCUAUGAUGUACAGUACAGGAGGAAGCAGUUUAAAGGGUCUCCAGAGAUGAAGAGCCUGGGUAUUAACUUGACAGGAGAUUCUGUAGAAACGCAAUACUGCUUCCCACACCUGAAAGGAUCCUGCCCACGAAGUCAAACACUGAUCAUUAUCAAAGCGGCCAUGUACAUGUUCAUGGCUUUCACCAUUCUUUUGACUGUUUGUGGGAACCUGCUGGUCAUCAUCUCCAUCUCUCAUUUCAGACAGCUCCAUUCUCCAACAAACCUCCUCAUCCUCUCUUUAGCAUGUAUUGACUGCUGCUUAGGGUCCUUUAUUAUGCCCUAUAGCAUGAUCAGAUCUGUGGAAAACUGUUGGUAUUUUGGAGAAAUUAUAUGCAAGAUGCACUCUAGUUUUGACAUGAUGAUGUCCAUUGCUUCCAUUUUGCAUCUCUGUCUAAUUUCUGUUGACAGAUACUGGGCCAUCUGCAAGCCUCUUCAAUACAAAAGCUUGGUAUCCAUGCAAAAAGUGGCCUGCCUCAUUGCCAUCAUCUGGAUUUUCUCUUUUGGAUUUGGUUUUGGCGUGCUUCUCUCCAAGGUUCACUUAGCCGGCAUGGAGGAGUUCAUCAUGAUGAACUCCUGUGCAGGCACCUGUUUUGUGAUUCUCAACAAAGAAUGGGGAGUUGUAGCGGCGUUAGUGGCCUUUUUCAUUCCAGGAACAGUCAUGACAUCACUCUAUCUAAAGAUUUUCUAUGUUGCAAGAAGCCAUGCCAGAAAGAUAAAUGACAGCUUGGCAGUGACAGCAGAAAUAAAUAACCACAAGAACCGUAUGUCUGAACAAAGAGAGAAAAAGGCUGCAAAGACACUUGGCAUUGUAAUGGGGGUCUUUUUGUUGUGUUGGCUACCAUUUUUUACAACCAUUGUUGUAGAUCCUUUCAUUAAUUUUUCGACUCCUAAUAGUGUAUUUGAUGCUCUUAUGUGGUUGGGUUAUUUUAAUUCUACUUGUAACCCACUAAUUUAUGGACUUUUCUAUCCCUGGUUCCAGAAAGUGUUUAAAAUAAUUUUAUCAGGACAAGUUUUUCACAGGGGUUCUUCAUCAUUAAAUAUUUGUUCAGAGAUGUAAAAAACCUUCUCUAAUCACAAAAUUGCAAUUAAAGCUUUUUGUAAGAUGAAACAGUGCAGCAUUUUUCAAAAAUGUGAUUUUUAAAACAAUGAAUUGAUAUUAUAACAAUGUUUUAAUGAUAUAAAAAUAAAUAGCUUACAUAAAUUCACAUAUACAUUAAGCUAUAUAAAUUUCUGAGAAAUCUUGACUGUUGAUGGAUAUUUGGACUCGAGAAUAAGAAGGAUCCAAGUGACUUUUUUUUAUCAAAAAUGAGUUAUACAUAUACAUGUACUUUUUAUAUCAUCCAUCUUGUGUGGCUGUCUGGGAGAUUAUCAAAGCCCAGUGAAUGUAAGGAUUUGGAGGCCCAUAACAAAAGGCCAGUGAGGCCCCAACAUCGGAUUCCCAUACCCCAAUUUCAUGCAUUUACAACAACAUAUUAACUACAGCCAGCCAUUUGUAUGAAAUCAUCUAUUUGAAGGACUUUUAAAUUUUUUUAAAUGCAGUUAUAUAGAGCUACAAAUCUGGUUGAUCAUAUUGACCAUCAUCAUCAAGGUUGAACGAAAUGUAAUUACAAAACCAUGGAAGUAGCUGGAGAAAGCAGUGAUUCUCUUCUCAUUAGUGCCUGUCAAUCCAUUUUACUCAGUUUAAUGUUUUGUUUUAGUUAUUAUCUUUAUUUAUUUAUUUAUUGUGUCAAGGAUGCUGAAAUAAAGUUUAUAAAUGUCAAUUUUGAGGGUAGUGCAUUGUUUCACAUAUCAUUCACAAUGUGCAUUUCAAAUACUUCUGUAUACUACCAAAGCUCCUCACAAAAUGUGUUCAUUUCAGUUUCAUUCAAGUCAAGUCCUGAGCUUGCUUCACAGGGUAGGUGCAUUAUAAAUUCAAAUCAUAAAGGUUUUGAUGUAACGAAAUCUAAGGAA